GGUACUGGGCGACCCCGUGCCGUGUGCGGAGCCUGCGAGCGGCGAGACGCGGCGGGCGCCAUUUCGGGGAGCAGCCGCUGCGGCCAGAGCUGGGGCCCAGCCCGGGGCCGGGAUCCGCGCGUCACCAUCGAGCCGUUCUUCACCGCCUGCCGCCCCGCGGCCGGACGAGCGACGCCGACCGUCCGCCCUUUAACCGCUCGGAGAGGGCUGCCGAGCCCUCGGGCCCAUCCCCCACCGUCAACGCAGCCAGCGCCGGAGCCGGGAGCAAUCGCUGCUAUCGCCGCCUCCGCCGGGCCUGGGACACCUCAACGAGGACAGCGGCUGCCCGCGGCGCAGGUGUCCUGAAAAAAUGGCUGAUGAUAUUGAUAUAGAAGCGAUGCUUGAAGCUCCUUACAAAAAGACUUGCCUAACGAUAUCUCACCUCUACUCCCAUGAAUUCACCUUUGAUUCCAGUGUGACUGUCAAUCAUAAGGUAUGGAAAUAGGGAAUGUUUAGGCUGGACUGGUGGAUUAUUGAUGACUUUCUUGGGAGUCGACGUUACUAAAGCAGUGUGAAUCCCUGUUUGCUUCAGGGCGAGAUGUGUGACAGAGGUGGCAUCAAGCUCUUACAACCCUUCAACGAAAAUGAGCGAAGAUCUCGGGAAUGGCAUCGGUCACAGGAAAUGGAUAGUGGCUGGCUGCUAGCGUAGCCACUGGGGCUUAGGCAGAGGUGUAGCCUUGGUACUGAUCUGAGGGGAACACAAACCUGAAACCUCCUCUUGUGUUUUAUAGAAAUAACAUUUAACCACUUGAGUGCUGAAUUCUACAGGAUAACUUACUCUCUAAACCAUGAUGAGAACAAAUUGAGCAGUGCCAACGGCCACGAAGAACGCAGCAAGAAGUAAAAAAAAGAGCAAGAGCCGAAGUCGAAGCCAUGACAGAAAGAGGAGCAGAAGCAAGGAGCGCAAACGGAGCCGAGAUCGGGAAAGGAAAAAGAGCAGAAGCCGAGAAAGGAAGCGGAGCAGAAGCAAGGAGCGCAGGCGCAGCCGUUCCAGGAGUAGGGAUCGCAGAUUCAGAGGCCGCUAUAGGAGUCCCUAUUCUGGUCCCAAAUUCAACAGUGCCAUCAGAGGGAAGAUUGGUCUGCCUCACAGCAUCAAAUUAAGCAGACGGCGUUCCAGAAGCAAAAGUCCCUUCAGAAAAGACAAGAGCCCUGUUAGAGAACCUAUUGAUAAUCUUACCCCUGAAGAGAGGGAUGCUCGAACAGUAUUCUGCAUGCAGCUAGCUGCAAGAAUUCGACCAAGAGACCUGGAAGAAUUUUUCUCUACAGUAGGGAAGGUUCGUGAUGUGCGGAUGAUUUCUGAUAGAAAUUCCAGACGCUCAAAGGGAAUUGCUUAUGUUGAGUUUGUUGAUGUUAGUUCAGUGCCUUUGGCAAUAGGACUCACUGGACAGAGAGUCCUGGGCGUUCCGAUCAUAGUACAAGCAUCACAGGCAGAGAAAAACAGAGCAGCAGCCAUGGCAAACAAUCUGCAGAAGGGCAGCGCUGGCCCUAUGAGGCUCUACGUGGGGUCAUUGCACUUCAACAUCACUGAGGAUAUGCUUCGAGGGAUUUUUGAGCCGUUUGGCAGGAUUGAAAGUAUUCAGCUGAUGAUGGAUAGUGAAACUGGACGUUCCAAAGGAUAUGGAUUUAUUACGUUCUCAGACUCAGAGUGUGCCAAAAAGGCCUUGGAACAACUCAAUGGGUUUGAGCUGGCUGGCAGACCAAUGAAAGUUGGGCAUGUAACUGAGCGCACUGAUGCUUCCAGUGCUAGCUCAUUUUUGGACAGUGAUGAGUUGGAACGAACUGGAAUUGACUUGGGAACAACUGGUCGCCUUCAGUUGAUGGCAAGACUUGCAGAGGGUACAGGAUUGCAGAUUCCCCCGGCUGCACAGCAGGCUCUGCAGAUGAGUGGGUCAUUGGCAUUUGGGGCUGUGGCAGAUCUGCAAACAAGACUCACUCAGCAGAAUGAAGUUUUGGCUGCAGCUGCUUCUGUACAACCACUUGCAACACAGUGCUUCCAGCUUUCCAACAUGUUUAAUCCUCAAACUGAAGAAGAAGCUGGCUGGGAUACAGAAAUUAAAGAUGAUGUGAUUGAGGAAUGUAACAAACAUGGAGGAGUUAUCCACAUUUACGUAGACAAAAACUCAGCUCAGGGCAACGUGUAUGUGAAAUGUCCUUCCAUUGCCGCCGCCAUCGCGGCUGUGAACGCAUUGCAUGGGAGAUGGUUUGCAGGUAAGAUGAUCACAGCGGCGUACGUCCCCCUCCCCACGUACCACAGCCUCUUCCCAGACUCCAUGACUGCAACCCAGCUCCUGGUCCCGGUGCGGCGAUGAAGAUGGAUUUAGCCAGUUUUGUACAUAGUUAUUUUUUGGAGGAAGAUUGAGUUAUCUUUUAUUUAGAUAAAAGGAAAGGAUUUAAUGUCAUUUUGUGUACACUUCCUGCUACCUUUAAAUAAAAUGAAGUACGCAGAAAUGCAGUGUGUUCAUUCUCCCUGACUAGCAUUUCCACUGUAUACAAAGCUGUUGACUUCUUGUUCUGCCUUGUAAUUCUUGUACAUUUACUGAGGUGAUGUAGGAACUGAGAAGUAGCUCAUAGAAAACAAACUGUGAGAGGCGGGUGGGCCGGAGUCGGUCUUUUGGGGCUUCACCAGCCUUUCUUUUAACACAGCGAUUACAAUUGACAUUUCACUAAAUGUAGGCGAUCUGCUCGAGAUGGAGCGAGAGACCGGAGGGGUGAAUUUAGUGCUGUGUAUAGAUGGGAACUGAAGGGGCGCCCGGCGCUGCACUGUGCUGAGUGGUUGGCCGGGCCAUAGAAGGACUGAAGGCUUUUCUUUCUCGAUGGUAAUUUUGGUUAAUGUUAUCUGUAAAAGUUUCUUUGUAAAUACUGUGUGAGGUGUGUCUGCGUUUCCAAACAAAACCAGCUCUGCAUUUCCAGGCAGGAGGUGGAGGAUGGCAGCGAGUCUGAAGGUGGGCAGGAGAUACAGAAACACGUUUUGUUGUGGUUGCAUAUAAUCUUUGCUCUUUUUAAGCUCUGUGAGCUCUGAAAUAUAUUUUUGGGUUACUUCAGUGUGUUUGACAAGACAGCUCGAUAUUUCUAUCAAACAAAGACUUUCAUAUUGCAACAAUCUUUGUAAGAACCACUCAAAUAAAAUUCUCUUAAAAAGGCC